GGCGCUUCCUUUUUACUCUCCACAGAAAGCAAGUGAUUGCUUUUCUUUCCUCGUUUGUGGAAGCCCUGCCUAACACACAGCUGCACCGUUCAUCCCAGUUCCUGGAUGGAUGAAGAAAGUGAACUGAUACAGCCUGAAGACCAGAGCUGCUGGGCCAGUCUGCCUGAUGUGUGCCUGCGCCGUGUUUUCUGGUGGCUAGGAGACAGGGACAGGUCCAGGGCUGCUCUUGUCUGCAGAAAAUGGAACCAGAUGAUGUAUUCAGCUGACCUCUGGCGGUACAGGACCAUCACCUUCAGCGGGAGACCUUCGAGGUUACAUGCAUCUGAAUUUCAGUCUGCUCUUUGGUAUGUUAAGAAGUUUGGUCGUUAUCUGGAGCGCCUGGAGGUCAAAUUCCUGAAUCCUUACAAUGCUGUCUUGACCAAGAAGUUCCAGGUCACCAUGCGGGGCCUUCUGUCUUGUCUGGGCAAAAGCAACAACCGUCUGAAAUCUCUUUCCAUCCAACACCUGGAGCUGGACCGCCUGGUGUGGAGGAACAGCAUCAGGAGCUCGUUCGUCAGGAGCUUGAGCUUCUUCUUGAAGAAGAUGGGCAAACACCUGGAUUAUCUCAACCUAAAAGGAGCCAGGCUGACGGUGGAGCAAGGCUGCCACGUUCUCAACUCCCUCAGCUACAUGAGGAAUGAGAAUGUGAUCUCGGAGCUCAACAUCGAAGACUACUUCAGCCAUCACCUCGCUGUCUACAGCAGCCCCCAAUUCAAAAAGACCAUGUCCACGUUCCACAGUCUUGUGUCCCUGACCCUCAACUACAACUGUAUCUCCGAUGAGCUGCUUGAGAACUUGGGAGAGAACAAUGCCAGUACCCUCUGGACCAUAAACAUCAAAUGCCACAUUCAUGACCCCCAUGGACAGGUCGUCUGGGGUAUGUCCUGGGCCAAGUUAGCCAGGCAGGCCACCAAUCUGAAGGUGAACUUCUUCUUUGAACGGAUCAUGAAGUACGAGCGCUUGGCCCGGAUCCUCUUGCGGGAGAUCCCGGUCAGGAGUCUCAGUCUGAGAAGCUGCUAUUUCAGUGACCCAGACUGGUCCAUGAGACCCACUCUGACGGAUCUCCUGCCCACCUUCCGGCAUACUCUGCAGAAAUUAACUUUUGAAUUCAACAACAACCAUGAGUCACUCGACGAGGAGCUGCACGUCCUCAUCUUAUCCUGCAGGAAGUUGUUUUACUUCAAAAUCUGGGCUUUCCUUGAUGUUAGGUUUGUGGAGCAGAUCUUGAAGAGUCAGGAAGAAGGGCAGUGUGCCCUGCGCACACUCAAGGUGAGAAUUUAUACAAACAGAUAUGAGACGAAUGAAGAGGACAGGACCCUGCGGGAAAUUUACAGGAAGUACAGAAAGCUGAUCGAUUCAGAGCUUAGCUAUUUUGUCAUCGCUUACCCUAUGAUGUAAUAAGCACUCUACAGAUCAAAAAAGCUAGGAGCACUUUGAACUUGCAAAUCAUUUCUCUUAGAACUACAUUUGGGCAUUGCCUGCCCUUUUGCUCCUCUCUCUCCCCUUUUUUUGUCAGUUCCACCCAAUAUGAGCAGCCCUGCAAAGGCUGAAACUGCUGAUGACCUGAAGGCUCCAGGUGGCUUUAAAGCGCUAUGUUUACCAACUA